AUAGAAAAUUGAAAAAUCAUCAAAGAAAAAAAGGAAGAAGACUCCUUUUCAUUUGUCGGUCUUGAAAAGUCAAGUUUGAAAGGAUAGAUUUACGUCAUUGGAUUAAAGUACAGCUGGUCGGUCGGUGUUUACGGUGAAGCAACACGUGAGAGACGACGAGUUAGGUUCUAACAACAGUACAACCCCCGUUUAACGUCGAGAAAGUUGCAUAUCCACGGUUGCUAUGAGUUAGCGCGCGCGGUUCUAAAGGAAAGCUCAGCAGCACGGCGGAAAGCUCCGAAGGGGAUUGGUCGAUCGGCUGCUGGUCGAUCGUGGAAGGGGCUACCGGGUCGAGACCGAACAUCGCAGUAUUGCUCCGACCGUCGCGACGGUCAGAACUAUUUUCAAAAUCUCGGUGAAAAGUUCCGAAAAGCUUCGAAACAUUCUAUAUCCUAUUAAACUAUCGAUCAUUAUUAUUUAAUAGAAUUUUAUUACGGUCAAAACUGUUACUUUCUUUCACGAAUAUUUACAGUUUUUUGUCUCGCGAAAUGAUUGAAUUGUUUGAGAGUGAACUAGCGGCCUACGAGAAAGACUUUGAACGUGCAAUUAAAUUUUUAUAUUAAUAUCAUUUUUCAUUUUAUUUCUUUUCUUUUCUGUCUAUCUUUUUUCUUUUCUAUUUCUUUCUUUUUCUUUGGUUUUUUAAUGAUUACAUAUAUAUAUAUACGCAUAUUCAUAUAUAUGUGUAUAUAUAUAUAGAUAUCUAUAUCUGUAUAUUUUAUUUAAUGGAUAAAGAAUAUGCUAUGAGAUAGUGAAGAGAAACUUCGUUAAAGAUCGAUCUUUCGAUAAAAUUGAAGAAAACAAAUAGAUGAUUGAAAAGGACGGCCAUCGUCACUUUUGAUUCAAAAUCGAUAAUCGUCCUUAUCAACUAAAGAAAGAAAAAGAAAAAAGAGAUAAAGACAUGAGAAGACAGUCGUUUGUUUCGGGUUUAAGUAGCGGAAGUACCGGGGAGCCACUAAUCGUCGUUGAAGAAAGUACACUCAGUGAGGAGGAUGCUGAAUGUCGAAGGAACGAAUCUCCGCCACGUUGUCUGGAUCCUGAUUCUCCCUCCUUAAAUCCCUACCUUCUCUCACCAUGGAGGGAGACCAGGAAACAUUCUCUACCAACUCCACAAUGCACAUCAGGGAUAACAGCAUCCCAAGUACGACGUCUGAGCGAGAGGGGUGGCGAAGGAUCAGGUCCAUCGCCAAGGGAGGCUGCUUUCCUUGCUACAUUAUCGCAGGCACCACAACCUCAACCAGGUGGAAGAAGACAUUCCGUAGUGACGAUCUCAAGGGUACCACCAACUCUAUUUGGUCGUAAUCGUCGAGAAUCUAUUGCGGCAUUUCCACUAGCUGGUGCUUCAAGGAUAUUACCAGGUCGUCGGGAUUCAACCGGGCCACCGAGUAACACUGGAAGUUCUCAUAAUCUUCAAUUGGAUAUAAUGGACGAUAUAGCCAAGAUCAAACCAAGAAAGGUACGCCUGAAAAUGUUCAAAACGCCAUCACGAGAAUGCGUUUGCGAGAUUCAACCUUUAGAGGGUAACAGUUCGAGCCAGCACUACACGCAAUAUCAAAAGCGACGAUUUUCAGAGUUUCCAAUACCCACGGUAUCAUUGACCUCGAAUUCAUCGAUAAGAAGACGAGCCUCUGAAGUACCUAGGCCACCUACGGCAACGGCACCAGCAUCUGGCACGUCUGCGGCUGGUAUCGUUUGUUCGAAUACAGAUUUAAUAUCGAUUUUAAGCUCGCUAACAUCUUCGGCAACUGAGAUAAACAGAUGCGGCGAGGACGGUCCAUCUUCGUUUACUCGAGAAGACGGCAAGUCCAAUUGGUCGAGCAAAACGACCGAACAGAAGCGUAACAAAUUGAAAAGCUUUCGUUCAAAUAGUUUCGAUGUAUCGAUUUUACACGGUACGGCAAACAGCAAACAGGCUAGUCCAGGUACGAAAUCAACAACUUCCUCGAUCAUGGCACCAUCCAAUUGGUUCACUAAACGACAUCAACCAAUGUCGAAGAAACAAAAGAGUGAGGAAUUGGCAACUUCGAGUUUAUCUUUUAAAUUCGAUAAAUCGAAGGUCAUACGUGCGAAGAAUGAUAGUUUGAAUAAGUCACCGCCAUCGAAGGACAACGAGACAAGGCACAAGGUUGUUUGGGAUGAUACCAGCGGUACGAAGGUUGACGCACAAGUCCUCGGCAGUGCAAUCGAGAAAAUUUUAACUGCCCAAAGAGGGAACGACACGGAAUCCGGUACUUCGUCAAAUGGAAAACCAUCGGUUUCGCCUAACAAAUCAAGACCCGGAAAAAUGACAGCUUGGUUUUCUUCAGGUGGAAACAAGGAACAAGAACAAACUGAAUCUUGCGAACCAUCGAUCUGUUCAUCUCUUAAAGAUCUCUUCGUAAAGUAGUUUGCACGUAAUACGGUCUAUUCGUUCCUUUUAUCGUAAUUCGCGUUAUACCUUCUCUUCCCUUAAUCGAAAUAAUCGAUUUCCUUUUUAGCUCUCGUUGUACAUUCGAUCGGACAAUAGAAUUCGGUGAUGAACGUGUGUUAGAUCGAGAUCAUAUAGUUUUUUGAGAAACGGAAAACUAUUACUGCGUUUUUUAAUCCAUUUUAUAUAUUAUAUAUAUAUAUAUAAUAUAUAUAUAUAUAAAUAUAUAAAAAUAUAUGUAUAUAUAUAUACUCUUGUUAGGAUGAAAUUAGUCUAGGAAAAAAGGGGCUUACAUUUUCAAGUUUAGGAAAAUGUAUAUCUAGUCGUAUUGGAUAAUAAUUGACAAUCUGUGGACUCCUUGUAAAUUUUUCUGAUUAGUCUCUAUUGAGUAUUUACGAAAUCUUAUAUAUCUAUUAUAUCAAAAUAGGAAUAUUAUUUGAUCUGAUCCUCUCCGAUCUUAUAUACCUAUACCAAAGAGAGAUUAUAUAUUUACUAAUGUGUAAAAAUCAAUAACAUCUAAAAAGUGCAUGUGAUCGUUCCACCUACCGAUGUUUACAUGUAAGACUUUAAUGUGCAGAAAUCACAUAUUAGACGGCUUCUUUUACGAAACGUUCGAAAAGAAGAUCAGAAAAUUGCACCUUGUAACGACGAAUUCCCAUCGACAUUUUUAUUCAGACAAUUUUAUUCGCUUUUAUUUAAAAUAAAAUUAAAUAAAUAAAUAAAAAGGAAGCUGAAAUAUCAACGUUCUGUUGAUAAAAAAGGAAAAAAAAACAAGAGCAAAAGACUUAACAAACGUACAACUUCGUUUUAAUCUUAUCACAACUAUGACGUUAAAAGAUUAUUAAUUUAGAUUAUAUUUUAAAAAGUCGAUUAAUUAAAAUGUAUUAAAUCAAAAUCGAGGUAGACAAAGACAACAAAAUAUAAGCCGAUACACGUAGUUUGGUUUAAUCAUAAUAAAUCGUUUAAGUCGUUAAAGUGAAUUAUAAGGAAGGUAUUCAGUACUAUUAAGUACUAUUUUACGUUGAAUGAGGGCAAAUGGUGCAUUAAUAAUCAUACUAAUCUAACCAGAGACACCUAAUCAAGUCUCAAUCGAAGCAUGAGCUCAUUAAAGUGUAUAACGAUGAUGACUGCGUCGAAUAAUAUAUAUAUACAUACAUAAUAUGCGUUCACCUUUGCGGGCCGAAGGUUUAUAAAAUGAUUGUAAUAUAUUAUAUACCUAUUUAUAAAAAAUAAGCAAAAAAAAAGAUCAUGAUAUAUAUAUAUAUAUAUAUAUAUACUUGUAAUAAUAUCGCGUAAAUUCGAAUCGUAUCUGAUAUAUAUGCAUACUAUAUAUGUGCAUACAUAUGCAUAUAUAUAUAUAUGUAUAUAUAUAUGUAUGUUUAUAUAUAUACAUAUAUAUGUACAGAUACACAGACAGACACACACAUACAUACACAAACACACGCAAACACAAUUAGAUUAUCGAAUUACCAGUGUUUAAUGUCAUACCCUAAGAAAAUACAUAGUCAUAGAUCACCCUACAUAAAAAGAAAAAAAGAUUAAAUAUCCGAUUAAAACCGAUCAAGUCAAAGUUACAAAAUCAUGGAUAUAAUUAUCUAAAAGUAUUUUCAGAUCGGAUUAUCUUAUUAAAAAAAAAAAGAAAAAAAAAAAGAAAAGAAAAAAAGGUGACUUAUCAUCACAUGUAAAUAUAGAUAAAUGUAACAUAUAUAUAUAUUAUUAUAUCAAGAACAUUUAUGUUACUUUCUCUGUAUCAGUGUUGGAUUGCAAUAUCAAUAAUUGCAAUGAAAUUAUUGAAUUAUAAAUCUGGAUAAUAAAAUUCUUGUCUCAUCUA